AUGGCCGAACCGUCGUUAGACAUAACCUACUGUAACAUGGCUCACUUAAACAAAACAAACAAAACAGAGAAACAGAUGGAGAAUGAGGUUUUCGAGGUGGAUCCCUUCGCGAGAAGGACCAGCAUCCACUGGACACCACCACAGCCCAAGCGGGUUACCACCUUGGAGGUGCAGAUGAGGGAGCCGGCGCCUGUCCAGACGCCACUCAUCCUCAUCGAUGUAGAGGCGCCGAGGAAGGGUGCGCAGAAGGGUGCGCUCGAGCUGAAGGGUGCGAUCCCGAAAGCCAGGAGCGAGGGGGCAAGGACGAUGAGCUGCCCCGGAGAGUUAAGCCUGACCACCCGGAACGUGCAGGAGGCAAGCGAGAGGGACUCGCUGAAGGACCUGAUUACCCUCAUUGAGGGCAUGAGGGCCUUCACGGUGGCCCAUAAGAAUACCCACGUCGCCCCCAGAGAGGACGUGGCCAAGGCAGCCAUUAUUAUCAGGCGAGUCGAGCGCGCCUGGAGCAGGAUGGAGGAGGAGUUCGCCGAAACCAGAAGGAAGGAGAUCUCCCCCUCAACUGGAGCCGCGGAAAAGAGGCCGCGCCCGGAAGAACAGGGAGAGAAACCCCAACAGGAGGGCUGGAGCGAGGUGGUCAAGCGAGGCCGCCGCAAGACAGCCGCCUCAACGCCAGCAGCGCCAGCGGCACCAACCAAGAACACGGCCGCGGCCCCCGCCAAGGAAAGGGGACCAAGGCCCAGGAAGCCUGUCAGGCCGGAUGCCGUCCUGAUCAAGACAGAAGGGGAGCAAAAUUACGCGGAAGUCCUCAAAAGGGUCAGGGGCCAGGUGGACCCCGACAAGGUAGGUGCCUCCAUUACGGCAGUCAGGAGGACCAGGGGCGGGGACGUCCUUCUUGAGCUCAAGGGCUCAAGCGGGGCACAGGCCCUGAAGGAGGCCGUCGUGGUGGCUCUGGGUGGUCAGGCUAAAGUGUCAACGCUGGAGCCGACUAUGACCAUCGAGGUCCGGGAUCUCGAUGAAAUCACGACGGCAGAGGAGACCAGGGCGGCCCUCAGCAGCGCCCUGAAAGCACCAUUGGAGGGAGAGAUCAGGCUGAGGAGCGGCUUCCGGGGCACGCAGACCGCGCUUACGCGUAUCCCACAGCGGACUGCCCGGAAGCUACUGGCAAUAGGAAAGGUCAAGAUCGGCUGGACCGCCUGCCGGAUCCGUGAGAGGAUCAUGGUGGACAGGUGCCACAGGUGCCAAGGCUACGGGCACCAUGCCGUCAAAUGCUUAGGAAUCGACAACUUCAACGCCUGUCGAAGGUGCGGCGAGACAGGGCACAAGGAGAAGGACUGCAGAAAGUCCAACCCUCGGUACAUCGUCUGCACAAAUGGUGGCGCAAGGGCCGACCAUUUCGCCGGGAGCGGCCAGUGCAGGGCUUUCAGAGUAGAGCUGCAGAAGGCCAAGGACCGGCGGAACGGGAGGGCCAUCGAGAGGGAGUCCCCUCCAGCGAAAACGCGGGCAGCAAGAGCGACCGGGGUCAAUCUAAACCGGAGCCGCGCCGCCCAGGACCUGCUGACCCAGACCGCCGCUGCGCACGGGGCCGAGAUACUGAUAGUCUCGGAGCCCAGCAGCACGGGAAAGCAGGGAAACUGGGCGGUGGAUACGAGGGGAGACGCAGCCAUACUGGGGACGAAGAGGUUAGCCGGAAACCUGGAGCCGGGUGGCAAGGGCGCUGGCUACGUCUGGGCGAGGGUAAGCGGGCUAACCAUCUUUAGCUGCUACUACUCGCCUAACGAGGCCAUCGAGGAAUUUGAGCGGCAACUGGACGACCUCGAGGGCGCGGUUAGAGCGGUGGGCACCAAAACCCUUGUGGCUGGCGACUUUAACGCCAAGUCGCCAAACUGGGGGUCAAGCAAGUGGGACAAGAGGGGUCGGGUGGUCGCGGACUUCCUGGCCAGGCUAGACCUCAUUCCCGUUAACGAGGGUACAGCCCCAACGUGGCAGCGGGCCAGCACGAGGGCCUCGUCGGUAAUCGACCUGACAGCAGGAACACCAGGGGUGGCGGCCGAAGAGAUGGGGUGGCGUGUGCUGGACGACGAAAGCCUGAGCGACCACCGCUAUAUUUAUAUGAAGUGGAAGCCCAGGGACAGGUCGCGCGCUCGAACACCUGGCAGCAUCGAGAAAGGAUGGGUGGUGAUGAAGCUGGACAAGGACGCGAUGGCGAGCUUCCUAAGAAGGGAAAAGGAGCAGCGCAGCGCGGACGCAGCGGGAAAUGAGAUAGACGUUCUGAUGACCACCGUGGUAAAGGCCUGUGAUGCGGGGAUGCCCAAAAGGAGACCACCCAAGGGCAAAACCGCAACGCACUGGUGGAAUGAGAAGAUCGCGUCCCUCAGAUCCCAGUGUGUCAGGGCCAGAAGGCAGGAGCAGCGGCAGAGGGCAAGAGGGGAAACCACCACAGCACCCGGCGCAUACAAAGCGGCAAGGAAGGCCCUUCGGGAUGAGAUAAAGGCCAGUAAAGCCGGAUGUUGGAAAGAGCUCCUCAGGACGGUCGACGAGGACUCCUGGGGGCUACCUUAUAAGUUAGUGUCCCGGAAAUUAGGUGGUUCCAGGCAACCGGACGACCCAGAGGUGGUGGAAAGGGCCCUUGACGAGCUCUUCUCAAUCCACGCCCAUGUCGAAAGGCCUAGCCGGGCAGAGCCCGCAGAGUGUUAG